AAAAGAAGAAGACGAAGCAACGGAGAGGGAGAGAGAGGAUGAGAGUCUCCUCAAAUUAAUGGCGGCCUGUUUAAUCCAUUAGCUCCUCUACGUCUCCCUCUCUGUAAUUUGAGUUCUCUCUCUCUCUCUCUCUCUCGUUACUUGUCUCUUUUUAAUUCUCUCCACUCCAUUUCGGUGUGGUUAUGUUGUGGAAGGAAGGAGACGAGCUUUUCUUCCUUUUCGCUUUAUCUUGCUUCUGUGGCUGCAAAGGUGAACGUGAUCAAGGUACAUUGGGGGAAGAAGAGAAGAAACAUAGAUUGGAUUGGACUGGUCGUACGUCAGAACAGAUAAUCGCUGGCCGCUUGUCGAUGGGAUUCUUAGCGGUGAUCCCAAUCCUGCCUGUAACGUGGAAAACAAUGGCCUUUACCUAAGUAAAGAAGCUUGGGGUUUUCUCGCCUCCUCCUUUAUAUCGUCCCCAACCACCGGUGACUCUGAGUUUCGGAUUUCACUACCAUCGUCGUAAAAGAGAGGCGCGAGAUUGAAGGAAGAAUGACGGCGGAAGGAGCAGCCUCUGACGGAGAAACCAUAGCCUUGGCUUCCACCUGACCCGGGGAGGGUUGGGGCUUCUCGUGUCCGCGUUGGUUGGAGAAGCUCGGUUGGCGGACGGAGGAGGGGAGAAAGGAAGGAAAGAAGGGGGAGAGGAGGGUAGGGAGAUGGACCCAUGCCCUUUUGUGAGGGUUUUGGUGGGGAACCUGGCGCUGCGGAUACCGGUGGCGUCGAAGCCGGCGCGAACCGGCGUCCACCCGUCCAGCUCGCCUUGUUUCUGCGAGAUUCGUCUCAAGAAUUUUCCCGUGCAGACGGCGAUGGUGCCGCUGGUCCCGCCGGACUCGCCUCUUCCGGAGGCCCACACCCUGGCAGCGACCUUCCACCUCGGGCGGGAGGACCUGCAUAGGCUUGCCGGAAAGUCGAUAUUCUCCGGGAAGACACGGUUGACGGUGGCAAUUUACACCGGGAGGAGGGGGACGACGUGCGGGGUGAGCUCCGGGAAGCUGCUGGGGAGAGUGUCUGUGCCGCUGGAGCUCGAGGGGUCGGAAGUGCGGGCGUGCGUCGUCCAGAACGGGUGGGUCGCCGUCGGGGGGAAGGGCUCGACAUCGGAGUCGAAGCCGUCGGCGCAACUGCACCUCAGCGUGAGGGCGGAGCCUGACCCGAGAUUCGUCUUCCAGUUCGACGGAGAGCCGGAGUGCAGCCCGCAGGUGUUUCAGAUUCAAGGCAACAUCAGGCAGCCCGUUUUCUCCUGCAAAUUCAACUGCAAAUCCAUUGCCGAACGGAACGCUAGAUCGAGAUCACUGCAGCCGGAAUCAUGUGCUUCUUCUAGAAGCUGGCUCAGCUCGUUGGGGAGCGAGCGGGAGCGCCCAGCGAAGGAGAGGAAAGGGUGGGCAAUCACGAUCCACGACCUCUCUGGCUCGCCGGUGGCUGCAGCGUCGAUGGUGACGCCGUUCGUCGCGUCGCCAGGGUCGGACAGGGUGAGCCGGACUAAUCCUGGUGCAUGGCUAAUCCUCCGGCCGGCGGACGGGACCUGGAAGCCGUGGGGCCGACUGGAGGCGUGGCGGGAGCGCGGUAGCGGCGACUCCCUCGGCUAUCGCUUCGAGCUCAUCAGCGACUCGGUGGGCGGCGGAAUGGGGAGCGGCAUCCAACUGGUGGAGUCGACGCUGAGCAUGUCCAAAGGCGGGAAGUUCACCAUCGACAUGGGCAGCAACGGGAGAUCGACCCCCUACUGCUCGAGCUCGCCGUGUGGCAGCCCGUGCAGCAGCGGCGACUUCGGCAACUCGCUCUGGCCCUUCGGCGCCUACAGAGGGUUCGUCAUGGGCUCGACGGUCGAAGGCGAGGGCAAGUGCAGCAAACCCGUCGUUCAGAUCGGCAUUCAACACGUCGGCUGCAUGGAGGACGCAGCCGUCUUCGUCGCACUCUCCGCCGCCGUCGACCUCAGCAUGGACGCCUGCAGGCUUUUCUCUCAGAAGCUUCGCAAGGAACUCGUUCAACAAGAGCAGUCUUCUUCUUCAUAGAACCGAGCAGGAGCUCCAGGAGGUUUCUUCCUUUUUGGUAUCCUGAAGAUUUUUAAUCUUUUGUGUGCAUUACUAGUUUCUUAGGAGUGCUUUUUUGUUUCCCACUAACAAAUUAGAGGCCUUUUCCAAUUUGGGAUUGGGGUUGGGGGUGGUGUAAGCCUGUACAAAGAUGACUGAGAACCAGGAAGAGCUUGUAGCGGCUUCAUUUGUUCUUCUCUUCCUUUUUGCUUUGACCUGUACAUAAGUCGCCUGUUCUUCUUCCUGUUUUAUUUUUCAUGUUGUGUGAUAAAGAGUCAAUCUUCAAGUGCUUUGCUGGAUUCUUGUGAUAUAAGAAGAAUUGGUCUGAUUACUGUGUUCA